UGAUCGCGCUCGAUAUUUAGGGGUUAUUUCUCAGUUAUUUUUAAUAGUUAUACACGGUUUCCUCCUUUGCUCGCCUUCAAGUUUCGCAUGAGGAAGGACGUAACGUAGCUAACGAUAUAGCUGAGUGAUCUAUAUCGAGAAGCGUCAAAGACUCGUCCGCGAGACAAUUUAGAGACGCUUGGAAUGAUUACGAGUUAACGAUUGGCGGCGCAAUGCGGGACUCGCGAUCGGUGAGAUAUAGAGCGCGAAUCUGCUCUCUCGCGAACGCGCUCACACACGCCGAUCCGGCUCUUUUCCAUCGUCACCGUCGAUCCCGCGCAGCAUCUCGUGACACACUUGCAUCGAACGUUGCUGUAAAUCUUGCCGAUUGCACCAAACUAUGAUCUAGAAACGAGGAUGAGUCCCGGGAUAUAUAAAGCGGAGCAGACUCUGUGUUUGUCAUUCCCUCGAGACCAUCCAGUGCUGGAAGGGUGGCACCGGCAGCGAGAGAGAGAGAGAAAGAGAGAGAGAAAGAGACAGCAGGGAGAGCGCGUCUCUCUCGCAGGGAUAGAGUAGCGGAAAUUCGUUUCUACCAACGCUGGAGAGCAGAAGGGAAUCGAUAUGUUCAAGAUCGCGGUAACGACGUUCAUCAUGACGCUGGCUGUGGCGCAUUCGGAGCCACCGGUCAACUCUUAUCUACCUCCGAGGACAGGGACUUCCGGUGCUAAUGGCGGCCACACACAAACCGAUCUGCCAACACAAUACGGGACGCCAGGUUUCGGUAACGGGGGUGUUAAUAGAAACGCCGGCGCAACAAGUAUCAGCGGACCUGGCGGUAAUGCAGGUAAUGGUCCGUCGAAGCUUUACGACGUGCCUGUCGGGGGAAACGCCGUUGGAAAUAGCCUGGGCGGGUCUCGAGGAAACGGAUUUGAGGGUGGAUCACUUUCUGGCUCGUACGGCGUUCCCAGUGGUGCUGGAAGACCGUUAAACACCUACGGUGUACCUGGCGCGAACGGAAACAACGGAGGUGGCUUUGGAAAUGGUGGCAACAGUGGAGGACCCUCAACAAGCUAUGGUGCUCCCGGUGCCAAUGGAAACGGGGGUGGUUUUGGAAACGGUGGCAACAGAGGAAGACCGUCGACUAGCUAUGGUGUUCCUGGUGCUAAUGGAAACGGGAGUGGUUUUGGAAACAGUGGCAACGGAGGAAGACCGUCGACUAGCUAUGGUGUUCCUGGUGCUAAUGGAAACGGGAGUGGUUUUGGAAACAGUGGCAACGGAGGAAGACCGUCGACUAGCUAUGGUGUUCCUGGUGCUAAUGGAAACGGGAGUGGUUUUGGAAACAGUGGCAACGGAGGAAGACCGUCGACUAGCUAUGGUGUUCCUGGUGCUAAUGGAAACGGGGGUGGUUUUGGAAAUGGUGGCAACGGAGGGAGACCGUCGACUAGCUAUGGUGCUCCUGGUGCCAAUGGGAACAGGGGUGGUUUUGGAAAUGGUGGCAAUGGAAGGAGACCGUCCACUAGCUAUGGCGUGCCAGGUGCUAAUGGAAAUGGAAAUGGCAAAAAUCGCUUCAACGGCGGGAAUAAUAGUGGAGGACCGUCGGAUAGCUACGGGCCACCGAGCGGCGGGAAUGGACAUAGAACGAACGGGGUAAACGAAUUCGGCGGUGGAGCCUUAUCCAGUAGUUAUGGUCCACCGAACAGAGGUGGAAAUGGUAACAAUAACGGCUAUUCAUCUGGAGGUGCAAACGGUAAUACUAGGGCUAACGGCUAUCCAUCUGGAGGAUCAAACGGGAACGGCGGUGCAAACGGUUACCCGUCUGGAGGUCCGAAUGGAAACGCGGGCAAUUUCGGAAACGGUGGUAGCGGUUUCGGAAAUGGUGGUGGUAGUUUCGGAAGUGGAGGCAGUGGUUACAACGACGACGCGCAGGAUAAAAGUACCGAACCAGCAAAAUACGAAUUUUCGUACGAGGUGAAGGACGAACAAUCCGGCAGUGAUUACAGCCACACGGAAACUAGAGACGGCGAUCGCGCCCAGGGCGAGUUCAACGUUUUGCUUCCGGAUGGUAGGAAGCAGAUUGUCGAGUACGAAGCUGAUCAGGAUGGAUUUAAACCGCAAAUUAGAUACGAGGGCGAAGCGAGUACCGGCGGAUACGGCGGCGGCGGGUCGAAUGGUAACGAUGGUUAUUCUUCUGGUAGACCGGAUAGUGGAGGCAGCGGGUUCGCGGAUAACUCAGGAUUUAAUGGAGGUGCUGAUGGCGGCAAUGGUGGUUAUCCAAACGGUGGUCCAGCCGAGGGAAAACCCGGAUUUAACGGUGGAGGCGGCAACGGUUAUCAAUCGGGGAGACCAGGAGGACAAUCCUUUGGCCGAGAUAACGAUGGUAGCCUGAGCGGCGAUAUCGGUGGAUAUUUCUCCAAUGCUCUCAGCAAUAAUAUCGGUGACGCGUUCAAAGGAGGCAACGACAACGCUGAUGUUGGAAAUAACAGACAAAACGGCGGUAAUGGUGGAUAUCAAUAUUAAGUAACAUAUAGCUCGAUAGAAUUAGGUACUUUGGGUAAUUUUGCAGAAGAGAGUGAAAAACGCGACCGAAGGAAUUCGCUCGUUGUGAAUUUAUCUGUACAUUUACGAUGAAAGUGUCUUCCAUGACUCGCGAAGCUUUCCACCUCGUCGUCACAAGAAAAUCAACGAAUUCACGAAAAACCUGAUAUGCCGUUUCCGAUUCUCUCUUUCACUGUAAAAUCAAUGAGAUAUUUAUUACUAGUGUAUUUAUAUAUUAGUGUGUUCAUAUAUCGCACUGUGUUCAUAGAUCAGAACUUAUUUAAACGUACGUAGCAAACUUUAGU